GGGGGACAACUUCCUUUUUCAGGGGAUAAGUUGCUGCAUUACCAGCUCACGGAAGAGGACCUGAGGCCAGUGGGGGCCCACCCACAUCGUGUCCCCCCCAGGAAACAUGAGAGGCGUCCAUCUCCUCCUGCUGGCCCUCCUGCUGCGCUGGGAGCACGCCCUGAGCCUUCAGUGCUACACCUGCGCUGAUAUGAACAGCAGUCCAUGCCAGUCCUUCCGAUGUCUGAUGCACAGCGUCUGCUACACUGUUAAUAUAUCCUUGACCAUGAACGAUGGAAACCAGGUGAAGUACAAGCAGAAGGGGUGUGCCCCCUCCUGUAAGGAAGUUUCUAGUAUAAUGGAGCAACUUUCCAAGAAUAGCGGCCCGGGGAAUUCAGGCCUGCUGGGCCUAGCUAAGCUGGAAGUGCAGGGUCUGAUGUGCUGUAAAGAGGACCUCUGUAAUGGGGGGGCACAGCUCCUGGGCCCUGGCGGGGGGCUCCUGCUCAGCCUAGGGCCCGUGUUCGUCUGGGCCCUGCUGUGACCUGCCCUGACCCUAGCACGGGGCCUCGUUCUGAACAGAGUCUCACACAGCGGGCACGUGAAGCAAGCUCGCUGUCCCACCCACGCACACAUACACACAUACCCACACGCCCGGGCACACACAUGCACAUGCAUGCACCGCACACGCAGACCCCGCAGACCCUCACGCCCUCCUGCCCACCCACCUGGCCAGCCCCAGCCUCAGGCCCCCAGUGCCCUGCUAUGCCAAUAAGCCUGUCCCAUUUUGCAAACACCAUCAACCAACCACUGCCGCAAGACGCAGAGACUUCUACACCCUGACCGGACGGACCUGUAGGAGAGCAAAGCCCACAGCCCAGCCUGGGGACCUGCUCCCAGUGUGCCAGCCAGCUCCCGGAGAAAAUAAACCCUUUCUGCAUCCUCC